AUGAGUGCCACAAGACUUGACCGAUUGGUCAUUCUUCUCGACACUGGUAGCACUCAACUCAUCCGCAAUACAGCUGCACAACAGCUCGCCGACUUCGAUCCCAACGAAGAUGAUGUCAAGAAUGAGAAUGGCGACGUAAAGGAAGAGAAUGGUUCUUCGACACCUCUAACCUCUGACGAACAAUUGCAGCUUGCAACCCUGGAUGUCGAGGCCAUCCUGACCAACGGAAAGGAGCUGCUCGGCAGCGCUGGACGUCAAUAUGACUUCAAACUGGCUGGCAUGGACCCCGCUCAGAGACUAGCCCACCAGAAGAAGACUCUCACCAACCGACUCGGUCUUGGUGGGGAGUACAUGGAGGACGAACUGGUCACAGAGACAGAUAUCGCCGUCCGCACCAGUUUUCCGCCACCAGCCAUUCCAACUGCAGACUCCAGUCUUUCCAGAGCCAACAGUGUAUCGGAAUCUGCUGUCGUCUCUCCCAGUGAUCAGCAAACUCCUUCCGAAGCCAUGAGUAAGAGACAGCUAAACAUGCUCAAGCGACGCAGAAAGGAAGAACUCAAACGCGACAACAAGAAGUUCAAAUACGAUCUUACCAGCAUGAGACGUGAGAGUACCACCGUACCUACUCCCGCCGACUCAGAUACCAUCAUCAAGGACGAAAACGGAGAAACCAAUGCCAGCGUUCCCGACUACUUCUCACUUGAAAGAAAGAGUGGUGACGAUGAUGCAAAGGUCGUGUCAGAGUUCAAGGGUGCUCCUAUCGUUGAAAAGUCCGCCUUUCAAACCGAAGUCGAGGAGGCUGGCAAUGGAUGGCCGUUCGAACGACUCUGCGAAUUUCUAACCGUGGACUUGUUCGAUCCUGCUUGGGAGAUUCGUCAUGGUGCUGCCAUGGGGCUUCGAGAGAUCGUUCGUGUGCACGGAGCUGGAGCUGGUCGUUUGCUGAACAGGACUAAACACGACAACGACCGCCUAAAUCAGGCAUGGCUCGAUGAUCUCGCUUGUCGCAUCUGCUGCGUCUUCAUGCUCGACAGAUUUGCGGACUACGUCUCAGACAAUGCUAUUGCACCAAUCAGAGAAACUGCUGGUCAGACACUGGGUGCACUCUUGCAAUAUCUCCCGGCAUCCUCAGUCAACAGGCGUAUCUGGCACGCUUGCCACGGUGGUAUGAUUGGUAUGCGAUAUCUGGUGGCAGUCAGAAACGACCUGCUGCUUCAAGACAAUCUCUUGAUGGAUGGCGUAUUGGAGUGUGUCAUCAAAGGACUCGGAGACAGCGACGACGAUGUCAGAGCAGUCAGCGCGGCUACCUUGAUUCCUGUUGCCAAAGAGUUCGUCAACAUGCGUCAUACUGCACUCAACCAUCUCAUUAGCGUUGUCUGGGAAUGUCUUUCGAAUCUGAGCGACGACCUUAGUGCAAUCCUUGACGCCAUGAAAAAGAACGCUGCAGAGAACCCGGAACAAUCUUUUGCAGAGCUGGUGCCUCGUUUAUACCCUUUCCUUCGUCAUACCAUCAGCACAGUCCGUUCCGCUGUUCUUCGCGCUCUCCUUACAUUCGUCAAUAUUGAUGGCGAUGAUGCCAAAAGCUGGGUCGAUGGUCGUGCUCUGCGGCUUGUUUAUCAAAACCUGCUUGUCGAGCGUAAUGAGACAGUUCUCAAACUCUCGCUUCAGGUUUGGUAUGCUCUGGUCGACGUUCUAGCCGUUCGUCCCGAAAAGUUCGCCGCGGAAUUCGAACCUCACGUUGCACCUUUGGUGACACUCACAUUCCACCCCAUUGGUGUAUCCCGUCACCCUAUUCCAAUGGACGCAACACUGUUCAUACGUCCUUCAGGCUACAGCUACACGCCGCUGAGUAGUGCCACACGUAAAUCUUCUCCAGUCAGCGGAUCUUCCGAGCCUGCUAGAAAGAGAAGAAGAUCCGACAAGAAGGACAAGGACAUGCCCCCUCCAACCUCCUCAUCAGCCCACAACGUUGAUGGACACAUGAUGCAAGGCGACGUCGAUCUUGUUGGAGCAGACAUUAUGAUCCGCUCCAGAACUCAUGCAGCUCAAGCACUCGCAAAGGCCUGCCAGGUUUGGCCAGCAGCAACAAGACGCGACACGUUCUCUUCAAAGGUUCUUCCCAGCCUCAAAUCUAGCUUCUCAACCACACAACUCUUCACCGCCAUCUUCAUAGAGGAAUACGCUAGGCUAUCGCACACCAAGGAUGAUCUCACUACUUCCUUUGCAGAGAGCCUCCGUCCUCUUGUGGAAGAGGACAGACCUAGCUGGUACAGCGACCUCACCAGCUAUCUACAAAUUGUCCGCGCACAGUGUCAGAGCCUUCUGAACACAUUCCGCGAAAAGGCUCAUGUACCGCCAAGCAAACUCCCCAUAAUUGCCGUCGUGGUUCAAGGAGAGCCAGAGGCUGGCAAGAACGCCUUUUCACUCGCUGAUGGAGAGCGUAUCGCUGUCCAGGAUUUCGAGAGACUACGCAAGACUCUCUCGCCUGCUCAGCGUGUCACUUCAACUGAAAUGUUAUCAAGUGCAAAGGCAGAUGUCGAUUCAGUCAUUGCUGAAGCAACUCUUGUCAAGAAACAGCGCGACGUUCGCAUCAAGUCUGCUGCAGCCGCAGCUAUCGUGGCACUGAGGGAAAUUCCUAAGAAGCCCCAGGCUACCAUCAAGGGUCUUAUGGAUAGCGUCAAGGAUGAAGAAAACUUCGAACUUCAAAAGCGUUCUGCAGCAGCAAUCGCCAGUCUGGUUGAUCAGUUGGUCGCCAGUGGUCGUAUGAAGGUUGUCGACAAGGUUGUCGGCAACUUGGUUAAAUUCUGCUGCAUGGAGACCGGCGAGACACCCGAAUUCCACCCUAAUGCGGAUAGGGAGUCUGGCAUUCUCUCACUGCAGAAGGAUGAAGAUAUUCAGGACCGUCCCGAUGCCGCCAAACAUGAGAAAGAGGUUCGUCAAGCUCGCAUCACGAGACGUGGUACCAAGGAUGCUCUGGAGCAACUUUGUUUCCAGUUUGGCAGCGACCUCUUCGAAAAGGUACCCAUGCUUCGUACUCUUAUCGAAGAUCCUAUUCGUCACUGCUUCACUGGAGAGUUGCCUGCCAACAUUACUGACCCCGAGCAAAAUGUUGGUCAAGAAGUUGUGGAUGCCAUGUCCACGCUUCGCGCAUUGGUGGCGUCAUUCCACUCUGAUCUCCAUCCAUUUGUUCUUGAUCUCAUGGGCUUUGUUGCCAGAGCUCUUCAGACACGACUUGCCGUCCUUCGAUACACCGCUGCCAAGUGCUUUGCAAGCAUUUGCAGUGUCAUCACCGUCAAGGGAUUCACUAUGCUGGUUGAGCGAGUCUUGCCACCAAUUAACAACCCAACCGACGUACAUUGCAGACAGGGCGCGAUCGAAUGCAUCUACCAUCUCAUCCAAGUCAUGGAAGAUCGUAUCUUGCCUUAUGUCAUCUUCCUCUUAGUCCCUGUGCUUGGGCGCAUGAGUGAUUCGGAUAACGGUGUACGCUUGAUUGCAACUACUGCUUUUGCUACACUGGUCAAGCUUGUACCCCUCGAAGCCGGAAUUCCAGAUCCUCCAGGCCUUUCUGAGGAGCUUCUCAAGGGACGCGAAAAGGAGCGUAAAUUCAUUGCGCAGAUGCUUGAUCCAAAGAAGGUCGAAUCGUUCGAGAUUCCAGUCGCAAUCAAGGCCAAUCUCCGUUCAUACCAACAAGACGGCGUCAACUGGCUGGCUUUCCUUAAUCGAUAUCAUCUACAUGGUGUUCUCUGUGACGACAUGGGUCUCGGUAAGACCCUGCAGACAAUCUGCAUCGUCGCCAGUGAUCAUCACAUGCGCGCAGAGGAAUUCGCCAAAUCUCAAGCACCCGAUCAGCGCAAGAUGCCUUCAUUGAUUGUCUGUCCCCCAACUCUAUCCGGACAUUGGCAACAAGAGAUCCGCACAUAUGCGCCGUUCUUGAACGCCGUAGCCUACGUCGGCCCACCCUCCGAGCGUAACAAGCACCGCGCAAAGCUUACCGAGGCUGACAUUGUCAUCACUUCGUACGACAUUUGCAGAAACGAUGUAGAAGUCUUUGCACCUCACACCUGGAACUACUGUGUGCUGGAUGAAGGCCAUCUCAUCAAGAACCCCAAAGCCAAAGUUACUCAAGCUGUCAAGCGUCUUGCAAGCAACCACCGCCUCAUUCUCUCCGGUACACCAAUCCAAAAUAACGUGCUUGAGCUUUGGUCAUUGUUUGACUUCCUGAUGCCCGGCUUCCUUGGUACAGAGAAGAUGUUCCAAGAUCGCUUCGCCAAGCCAAUUGCUGCUUCACGUUUCAGCAAAUCCUCUUCAAAGGAACAAGAAGCUGGUGCAUUGGCCAUCGAGGCCUUGCACAAACAAGUUUUGCCCUUCUUGUUGCGCCGCCUCAAGGAAGAAGUGCUGGAUGACUUGCCACCCAAGAUUUUGCAGAACUACUACUGUGACCUAAGUGACUUGCAAAAGAAGCUUUUCGAGGACUUUACUCGCAAAGAGUCAAAGACCAUUGCCGAAAAGGCUGGUUCUGCCGACAAGGAGGCUAAGCAGCAUAUUUUCCAAGCUCUGCAAUAUAUGCGUAAACUCUGCAACUCACCAGCCUUGGUGAUGAAAGAGAGCCACAAGCAAUACGCAACAAUUCAAGCGCAGUUAGCACGUCAAAACUCGAGCUUGACUGAUCCAGUCCAUGCUCCCAAGCUCACAGCUCUCAGGGACCUUCUCGUCGACUGUGGCAUUGGUGUCGAUUCUGCAGCGGCAGGCGAGGUACCUUCAGCCGAUCAGGCCGUCUCUCAGCACAGAGCUCUCAUCUUCUGUCAAAUGAAGGAAAUGCUCGAUAUGGUUGAAUCGACCGUCUUCAAGCGUAUGCUUCCGUCAAUCACAUUUUCUCGCCUCGAUGGAAGUGUCGAAGCAUCCAAGCGUCAAGACAUUGUCAAUCGCUUCAACUCCGAUCCAUCCAUCGAUUGCUUGCUCCUCACUACGAGUGUUGGUGGACUUGGUCUCAACUUGACCGGUGCGGACACAGUCAUCUUUGUCGAACAUGACUGGAAUCCUCAAAAGGAUCUCCAGGCUAUGGACCGCGCGCAUCGUAUUGGUCAGAAGAAGGUCGUGAACGUCUAUCGCCUGAUUACUCGCGGCACUCUAGAGGAAAAGAUUCUCAGCUUGCAGAGAUUCAAGAUUGACGUAGCUAGCACCGUCGUCAACCAACAAAAUGCCGGUCUGGGAAGCAUGCAGACAGAUCAGAUCCUGGAUCUCUUCAACAUGGGUGACACAGAAGGUGCGCCAUCGCUCGAAGACAAGCCCAAAGAUCCCAACGCAAUCGAUGAAGCGGACGCUGUGGACGCUGAAGGUAAUGUCCGUGAGAAGGGCAAGAAGGGUAUUCUCGAUGAGCUUUCUGAGCUCUGGGAUGAAAAGCAGUACGAAGAGGAGUUCAACUUGGAUGGAUUCUUGUCGACUAUGAAGGCAUGA